CACACACACACCUACAGAGAGACUGCAGACAGCGAGCGGCGCUGACCCGGCCGGGACAGCCAUGCAAGCCGGCAGCCCAAUCCUCACUCCUCAAGUCCAAGAUGGCAGUGAGCCAGAGGAGGUGUGUUCCUGGCUGCAGCCUGGGCCCACAUGCAGCCACCGUGCGGUCGGUGACCGGCAGCAAUGCAGCAGCGAUGCAUGGGAACCUGCAGCCCGUGGCCCCGCCAGCCGCCUGCGCUGCUCACCGCCACGCCCCCCGGUGGCGAGCCACGUGUGUCAGCGCUCCCUCUCCCCACCGCCACCUCAGCGUGUAUCCCAGGAGCCCAUGGAGUCCGACGUCAACGACUUUGCCGCCGCGAGCUGCCCGGAGCGUUCUUCAUCUCCCGGAUCCGGGAAGGACUGCCGGGAUUGGUGCCCGCCGGAGACAGAGGGGGCCCCCUUCGACAGGAACCACUGCCUCCCCUCCGUAGGCCGCGGGCAUCCACGGGGCAGCGGGGAGUGGGGGGCGGCCCCCAGUCUAACCCCAGACCCCCUCGCCCACCUCCCACGCCGCCGGCAACGCUCCCACCUCCCCAGCCAGGACACCGGCUACGAAUCCCAGGAUGACUUUGGCCUGGGUCAGCUGGACCCCCCAGGGCCACUCCUCUCCGUGCCUCCAGGCCCACUGUGGUCCGUGGAAUUCCCCCCGGCCCAUUCCCACAUCCAUCCAGUGUUUCCCAGCCUGGUCAUCCCAGCCCAGCUCCCUGCAGCUUCUCCAGGUGGACUCCAAUACCAGCAUCAACAAGGUUCACAGCCACAGCAUCUCCCAUCAGACGGUGCCAACGGCCGGCAAUGGCCACGGUGCCACGACGGCACGGAUCACCCACCCCAUCCUAACGUGACGUAUCGCCGGGCGGCGGUGGAAGCGGCUGCCCAUCCACCCGGGCACCGCGGGGUUAACACCCCCCAUCCCCACCCACAGGGGUACCCUCGGGCUGGACCACCGCCGGGCAUCUUCGUGCCAGGACCACCGUUGCCAGAGCAACAAGAGGAGGACGUGUCUGCUGCCAACAUCAGAGGGAUUGGUGUGGAGAGAGCUGGCCUUCCCAAUGGUGCUGGUGCUGGGCAUGAGGAGCAUCCUGUAUGGAAUGGUGCUACCCCUCCCCCUCCCCGUGGCCUACGAGACCCCACCACUGCCUCCGCAUCCCCGGGCAGUUUGAGGACCAUCGACCUCCCCCACGCCUUGCGGAAGGUGUUUGUGACGUACUCCUUGGAUACAGCGAAUGAGAUCUUCUCCUUUGUCAACUUUCUCCGCGCCAAUGGCUUUGAGACGGCAAUCGACAUGUUUGAGAACUCAUUUCGUGGAACAGACAUCAUCAAGUGGAUGGAAGGAUACGUGAUGAAUAGAGAAGUGAUGAUAGUCAUCGCCAUCAGUCCGAAGUACAAGUGGGAUAUCGAGGGAACUGGAUUUGAGCAACUGGGAGAUGAGCAUGGCUUGCACACCAGAUACAUCCACAGAAUGAUGCAGAUUGAAUUCAUCCAACAAGCAAGCAUGAACUUCAGAUUUAUCCCUGUAUUGUUUCCAAAUGCUACCAAGACACACGUGCCCGUCUGGCUGCAGAACACGCAUGUGUUCUCGUGGCCGAGAGACGGCAAGCGUAUCCUGCUGCGGCUGCUGAGGGUGGAGGAGUUUGUGGCCCCCCCCAUCGGGCAGCUGCCCACCAUCCACGCCGUCCCCAUCAAAACCCUCUGAGUGGCUCCACCUGUCCACGGAGCACCCCUACCCUCCCUCCCCCGCAACGUCAGGGAGGCGGGCAGCCCGCUCAAAGUGGACGUCGCUGAAGAAGGGUGCUGACCCGAAACUUCGCCCAUCCGUAAGCCGUCAAGAGUCAAGAGUGUUCUAUUGUCGGUGUGUCCCAGAUAGAACAAUGACAUUCUCAUCUGGAGCAGCGCAACUCAAUGUGACAUUGGGGCAGUUCGGCGGUGCAGCGGGUAGAGUCGCUGCCUCACGGCGCCGGAGACCCGGGUUCAAUCCCGACUACGGGUUCUGUCUGUACGGAGUUUGUACCUUCUCCCCAUGACCUGCGUGGGUUUUCUCCGGGUGCUCCAGUUUCCUCCCACACUCCAAAGACGUCACAGGUUUGUAGGUUAAUUGGCUUCUGUAAAUUGUAAAUUGUCCCUAGUGUGUGUAGGGUAGUGUUUAGUAUAUGUGGUUAUCGCUGUUAGCUUGAAGAAAUACAAAACAUUGCUAAAGUUCUCAAAGGUAUUUGUAAUGCACAAAAUAUCGACAUGAAUAUAGAGUCUGUAGCUUGUUUCGGGUAUGCACCAGUGACCUCAGCUGGGGUAGAAAGAGGUUUUUCACAACUGAGGCAUAUUCUGACUGACAAACGACAUAGUUUAACACCAGAUAAUUUGAAAAUAAUGCUAGUAAUUAUGUGCAACAAGGCAACUUUGGUCAUUUAAUGUAAUAUACCUUGAUAAUUAGCAUUUUUAACCAUAUUUUGGUGGUGGAAAUA